GUUUAUUAUACUUACAAAUCCAUUAACUUUUUUGUAAACUAUUCAAACACCACUGAUAAAAACUUAAAACCUUACAAAUCAUAUUUCCUUCACCAUUUACACACUUAGUCAAAUUACCCCAUUUCAAUAUAACUAUACAUGUAAGAGCAUCUCUUGAAUGCUUCAAACACCCAAAAACCCCAAACGUUUUUACUGCACCCAGAUCCUAUUUGUAAAAAUCGUAACUAUUGAUUUGACCAAUUUCUUUGUUCUCGCUAUAAAACUUGUUUUUGUACUUUUCCAGGAUUGCAAUAUCAGACCCAAAAGGGAGAGAUUAUCUCCUCCCCGGGUACAUUGAAAUCACAGCUUCGGGGUCAUUGACUCUUGGAUUCUUAGCUGGACCGCAGAAUCCUUCAAGGUGGCUCAACUGGCAGUAGGCAUUCGCUGGUUGGGGCACCCUCUGUCAUAUCGGGUUCAACUGCCAUGUCAACAGGACUUACAAGCAAGUUCUUGUACGGUAAGUCUCCAUGUACAGUAAGUCUCAGAUACUUCACGUCCUGUCUGUUUACGACGAACUUCAUUACGCAUCAUUAGCAUUUCAUUGUAAUUGGCAGGGCCGGGUAGCCGCUGAAUCUGUUGGCAAUCCUCCUAGGACAUUUGGCUAAUCCAUUAACUUGCCACACCAUUUCUGAACCCUCUUUUACCUGGUUAUUUAUGAGACCGCUGGUCUGGACCAGCCCUUCCUGGUUUGGGUAGUUUCUACUCUUUCUGGAAAAUGUUGACUUACUUGUAAUAAACUUACCUACUCUUCUCAACUUGUACAGAUAGACCACUUCAUAAGCAGAUGUAGAGGAACGUCAAGUAGGAACAGAUCCCCAUAUACACCUAAUUCACUUACUAAAAUAUUCCAUUUUUACCCUUUCUCUGAAUUACAGUAUGCUUUGUAAUUACACAUAACAACUUUUCCUUUUUUAUCGUGAAAGUCUCCUGCCUUUCGUAGACUCACCUUGUUCCCGGAGAUCAAAAACCAGAGACCUAGCUAUUCUUUGUGAUGUACAAGCUAUCACAGCCUGGGGGGAGGGACCCCCUGUUCUCAGCUAACUGCUGCCUUCCAGCAAUAGCCCAGCACUUUUGCAGUUUUCUGCUUUUCUGGCGUUAGCAAGAUGUUUCAGGCCGUUCCAAUUUCCCCGUUCCCAAACACAGACUCAGCUACUUUGAAGGAACCCUGGCUACCACUAAUGAAAAAUACUAUUGAGAUCGAUAUUUGGGGGCUCAGGGUCCAUGCAGACGUGAUGGCCCUCAAUGGCCACGGAAAAAACAGAAUUCAGAAAAGACGUCGCUCCUGAGGUCCUAAUUUUGUUCAGUGAGACUGCUCAUAUCGUUCUAAUAUUACUAUCCCCUUUUCUUUUAUACAGUUUUAAAUGGAUUUUUCUCUAUGGUGUGCCUAUGUAGGUUUUUAACACUUCACUCAGCCUGUGAUUAUCCCUACCUCUGAUUUUAUCAUUGCCGUGUGCCUCGAGGCCCAUUAUUUUGAGGUCACCUGUGUAUAUCCUUUAUCAAAACCUGCUUCCAUGAAAGUGUCUUAUAAAAUCGUGUAUAUAUUCUUUUCGUGUAAAUGCCGAUUUGUCAUGCAGCUAUGAGAUAUAAUUAUAAAAAUUAUUGACACAAAUAUAUUCAAUUACAUAGGAUAUUUAUUAUAUAACUAGCAGCCAUUUCAUGUUGGUAAACCUAUCGACAUAAAUUCUUUCAUGUGCUAGCCUCGAGGGGCUGAUUGCCACCAAAGGGCCAGCUGGGAAGCUUGAUCUUCUCUGGGAACCAUUGUGGAAGUAGGAAGCCAUUAAUUAUAUAAUUCUGAGCAAUUUAUAUUUAAUUUUACCAGUAUUUCUUCAUUAAUUGGAAGGCAUUUUGAGGUAUUACUGGCAAAUGAAAAGAAUAAAGAUGUUUGCUGAUUGAAAAUAUGCAAAGCACUCAGCAGAGUGAUGGAUGAGCCAGGGGUGUAUUUGUCUCUCCAUUUGCAAAUCUGGUCCCAUAGAAAGGGACUCUCUGUUUCCAUAUGCCUGUGGCCAGGCCGGUUUUCAGUAACGAUAAGUGUUCAGUGAAUUUUCUUUGUAUAGAGGAGGAAGAAAAUGCCAUGGGAAUAAUAUAGAAAAUUGUAGCUGUCCAAAUAAUUAACUCAGGACCAUCACCCAUAAUCCACAGUUGUUUUUUUUUUUAAUUCGACUUUGUUAAUAUUCUGAGGCAAAUUUUAAAUUGCUUCAUUUCCAAAAUUCACUUUGGUUAUAACAUCCAGUAGCAAUCCAUCUGCUAAUCAAUAGCUAACAUUUAUUGCUGCUGCAAGAAAGCAACCCAGCACAAAACCAAUAUUGUAAGCAACCAGAACAACUCUAAUUUCCUGAUGGAAAUCGAUUCACAGCAAAAUAGUGAUUAUUAUAAAUAUUUAUAGUUCUAAACGGAAAAGCUCAUCAAUGCAGCUUUUUGGGCAGUUCAUUUCCAAAUGAAAUCUGUGAUGGGCUCCACCUAGCCAUCUGUUUGUGAUGUAGAAUGUGGUGGGUGUGUGGCAGGAACCCUAUGAUUACCUUGGACUUGGCUCUGUGGGAGGCAUGGUGGGUCGUUUGGACAAGUCUCUGAUGGUGAUGUGGUAAAAUGCGAAGAACACUGGGCGUGGAGAGACCCGUUCCACACCUGGGUCUUCACUGGCUGGCUGUGUCAUCUCAAAAAGCCACAUCACCUCUCUGAACAUUCCUUUUCUCAUCUAGAAAAGAACAAUAAUAGUAUCUGUCCAACUUAACCUCCUAGUUGUCAUGCCGAUGAAAUGAAACAAGAGGUUAAGGAGAUUUCUCUGAACAUGUCUCUAGUGGACUGCCCAAAUUUGGGGUCUUAUAAUGACUCUUUAUCCCCCAAGAACAGGAUUAAGGAGCAAGACACAAGUUUCCUGAGAAAUUUGAUGUCAUCCUAAAGCUCAAUGUCUGUGGGCAUUUUACUACUGAAACACAGGUGAUGAUGGGAACGAAUGGGUUCAUUUAGUACUACUACUGCGCAGUAGGACCUGGGAAACCAGCACGAGAAAGACCUAUGUGGUUUCUGUGCUCCUGGGCCAGCUCGUGGGCAGGGGGCUGUGUAAACACAUAAAUGCAACUUAGUGGGGAAUGGGGCAAGGUAAAUAGGAGCCAGAGCCAAGGGAACACACGGGCAUGAGUGUCAGGGCUGUCCAAAGACUAUCUCGAAUUGAGUAGCAAGAGUGGAGGUUGUUCCAGAAAAAAAGACUUGCAACAGGCAAAGAUAAGCUUUUCCGGGGAACCAUAAAAAUAAAUCAGUGUUUUCCAGAUAUCUCACCCGAGGUUCCCUUUUACAUUUUUCCCCUUGUCUCUGCAUAUGUACCCUUUUCUUGAAAGUUGACUAAUUCUUAAAAAUGUAAAGCAGUUGUGUUUAAAAAGAAAACUAUACUACCAAAAAUGAAAAACAUCAUUUGUUAUAAACAAAAGAUAGCCUUAAAAAUACAAGCAACACAAAACUCAUUAAUUUAUUCAAUACGUAACUGUCAGGCUCAUUUCUAGUUUCUGGGGCCAAAGGGGUGACCAAGACAGAUGGAGAUAAAUUCAGGUCAGGCGCUAACAGAUAACGGUGCAGAAAACAGAAAGGUACUUAGGAGGGUUACUUUGGAUGCGGUGGUGCGGGAGGGCCCCCUUGGAGAGGUCACUAGAACUGAGAUCUAAAGGAAGUGGCAGAGCGGAUCCCCUUCACAACAAAAACUGGAAACAAGGUCAUGACAUCUAAAGCAGACAGGCUGCCUGCAGAAAGAAGGCUGUGCGCCAGACUCAGGAAAAUGAGCGAGCGUUCUAGAGGCGUGCUCACACGCAUCUGAGACUUUCUGCAGGACAGUCAGGACGGAAGGCGCUUUCUCCACAUGGCUCCAGGCUGCUGAAUUCUGGCUGUACGAACCGGACUACAUCGAGCCGGAUGCCCCCAGCGGAGAGCAUCCCGCUUCGGGGAAACACAGCAACCCUCGAAAGGGAGGCAGGCUGUAAUCACCCCGACUGACAAAUUAGUAAACUGAGCCCAAGUAAAGUUAAAUCGCUGCCCCAAAUUAGUUAGUAAAGGGCAGAACUGGGACACGAACCCAGAAUUCUUGCACGUCUAGCCCAGUGGCUCCACGUCAGGUGAGUCCAAGGACGCGCAGGCAGGUAGAUCUGCUGGCUCCCGGCAAAAAUGGGAAGACUCCCAAUCCUGCGAUCCGGAUUCCAGGCCUCUCGUUAGCACCGUCCCAGGAGUGGCUCAAAAAGCGGAGCGCUGGAACCCGCGGAGCGGGACGCAAAGCGCGGCCGCCGGACCGGAACAUGCGCACUAGACCGCCCAGCAUAGACGCGCUCGGCGCUGGGGGAGGGUCAUCCGAGGCUGACGUACGCUACGCCGGCGUCAGCGCCCCGUGAAGAGGAGGGCGAAGACUCCAUCCGCCAUGUUGAAUGCCGCAGAUUCGCCAUAACCUCGCCGGCUCUUUUCUUAAAAAAAUAAAAAUAAAAAGCGAAGCAUCAGCGGGGCGCCUCGCCUUCGCGGUCGGCGCGGGAGGGAGCCCGGAAGAGCCCGAGGCUUUUUUUUCCUCCGCGGUGGGGGCGUUGCCAUGGAGACGCGGGCGGCAGAAAACACGGCCAUCUUCAUGUGCAAAUGUUGUAACCUUUUCUCACCUAGCCAGUCGGAGCUGCUGUCCCAUGUUUCUGAGAAGCACACAGAAGAAGGGGUUAAUGUUGAUGAAAUCAUCAUUCCCCUCAGACCUCUGAGUACUCCUGAGCCCACCAACCCAAGCAAAAGCGGAGAUGAGUUUUCGGUCAUGAAGAGGAAGAGAGGCAGGCCCAAGGGCUCCACAAAGAAGCCCAGCACCGAGGAGGAGCUGCUGGUAGAAAGUGCCGUGGGUCCGAGCGAGGACAGCCCACCGGCCCUUGAGGGCAGCGGCCUGGCUCCCAGCAGCUUGGAAUGCAGCAAGUGCUGUCGAAAGUUCUCCAACCCACGCCAGCUGAGGAAGCACAUCUGCAUCAUCGUGCUGAAUUUGGACGAGGAGGAGGGGGAAGCAGGUGAUGAAUCUGACCUUGAACUGGAAAGGAAGUACAAGGAAGAUGAUCGAGAAAAGACCCCAAGGAGGCCGCGGACACAGAGGACAGAGAAAGUCCAGAAGAUCCCGUCAGGAAAGGAGGCCGGGCAGAUUUCUGGAGUGAAGAAACCCAUCAUCAGUGUGGUUUUAACGGCCCAUGAAGCGAUUCCAGGUGCUACGAGGAUCGUUCCGGUGGAGGCCGGGCCCCCAGAGACAGGCACUGCCAACCCAGAGGCCACCCUGGCCGACCUGGCGCCUCGGAGAGGGUACCAGGAGUAUGCCAUUCAGCAGACACCAUAUGAGCAACCCAUGAAGUCCAGCAGGCUAGGGCCCACCCAGCUCAAGAUCUUCACUUGUGAGUACUGCAACAAAGUCUUCAAGUUCAAGCACUCGCUGCAGGCCCACCUGAGGAUCCACACCAAUGAGAAGCCCUACAAGUGCCCCCAGUGCAGCUACGCCAGUGCCAUCAAGGCCAACCUCAAUGUGCACCUGCGGAAGCACACCGGCGAAAAGUUCGCCUGCGACUACUGCUCUUUCACCUGCCUGAGCAAGGGCCACCUCAAGGUGCACAUCGAGCGCGUGCACAAGAAGAUCAAGCAGCACUGCCGCUUCUGCAAGAAGAAGUACUCAGACGUCAAGAACCUCAUCAAGCACAUCCGAGAUGUGCACGACCCCCAGGACAAGAAGGUCAAGGAGGCCCUGGAGGAGCUCUGCCUCAUGACCAGGGAGGGCAAGCGGCAGCUGCUUUACGAUUGCCACAUCUGCGAGCGCAAGUUCAAGAACGAGCUGGACCGUGACCGCCACAUGCUGGUGCAUGGGGAUAAGUGGCCCUUUGCCUGCGAGCUCUGUGGCCACGGGGCCACCAAGUACCAGGCGCUGGAGCUGCACGUCAGGAAGCACCCCUUCGUGUACGUCUGUGCCAUAUGCCUCAAGAAGUUCGUCAGCUCCAUCAGGCUGCGCGCCCACAUCCGCGAGGCGCACGGGGCUGUGCAGGAGACUGGGGUCUUCACCAGCUCCAUCAACCAGAGCUUCUGCCUCCUGGAGCCUGGCGGAGACAUCCAGCAGGAAGCCUUGGGGGGCCAGCUGCAGCUGGCAGAAGAAGAGUUUGUGUUCCAGGGGGUGAAUGCGCCCAAGGAGGCGGCCUGCUCCGGAGAUGCUCAGCCUGAGGAGGGACGGAAGGAGCUGGAGGUCUCUGUGGAAGAGCCUGCCUCACCUGUGCACUUAGCCACCCCCCAGGCCGAAAGCGCUUCCCUGCCACCCUGUGAGCUGGAAGCUGCUGUGGACUCUGCGGACCUUCAUUCGCACUCGGUGGUUUCCGAUGGGUUUUUGUUGAAGAACGAUACCUCCUCUGCUGAGGCUCAUGCUGCUCCUGAGGAGACCUUGGAUGCCCCACACAGAGCCUCCUCCCAGACUCAGGGCCAAGAAGUCACACCACUGCUGUCUGAGGCCAGAAGCACAGAAGCAAACCAGGACACGCAGGGUGCCGAGAGCCCCCCGGGGGUGGGGCAGGAAGUGGCUGCCCCCCCACCUGAGGGACCAGACCCUAGUAAGUGUCUCAGGUCAAACCCAGGUGAGGCCUCAGACCCUGCUCUGAUAGCGGGUGGAGGGGACCUGGCCCUGCCCCAGCCUGACUCUUGCAUGCCUGCCUCUGAGCACCGGGCAGGCAUCAGCGCGUUCAUGAAGAUCCUGGAUGGUUUACAGAAGAGACGGAUGAACACCGGUUUGUGUGAGAGGAUCCGGAAGGUGUACGGGGACCUGGAGUGUGAAUACUGUGGCAAACUUUUUUGGUACCAGGUGCACUUUGACAUGCACGUGCGCACCCACACGCGGGAACACCUGUACCAUUGCUCCCAGUGCCAUUAUUCCUCCAUCACCAAAAACUGCCUUAAGCGCCAUGUCGUUCAGAAACACAGUAACAUCUUGCUGAAGUGCCCCACCGAUGGCUGUGACUACAACACUCCAGAUAAAUAUAAGCUGCAGGCGCAUCUGAAAGUUCACACGGAGCUGGACAAAAGGAGUUAUUCUUGUCCAGUGUGUGAAAAGUCUUUUUCCGAAGACCGAUUGAUAAAGUCGCAUAUCAAGACCAACCAUCCUGAGGUGUCCAUGAGCACCAUUUCUGAGGUUCUCGGGAGGAGGGUUCAGCUGAAAGGUCUGAUUGGGAAGCGAGCCAUGAAGUGCCCGUACUGUGAUUUCUAUUUCAUGAAGAAUGGCUCCGACCUUCAGCGUCAUAUUUGGGCUCACGAAGGUGUGAAACCCUUCAAAUGUUCUUUGUGUGAGUAUGCAACUCGCAGCAAGAGUAACCUCAAGGCUCAUAUGAAUCGUCAUAGCACUGAGAAAACCCACCUAUGUGACAUGUGUGGCAAGAAAUUCAAAUCGAAAGGGACGUUGAAAAGUCACAAGCUCCUUCACACUGCUGAUGGGAAGCAGUUUAAGUGCACGGUGUGUGACUACACGGCGGCUCAGAAGCCCCAGCUGCUGCGGCACAUGGAGCAGCAUGCCUCCUUCAAGCCUUUCCGCUGUGCCCACUGCCACUACUCCUGUAACAUAUCCGGCUCUCUGAAGCGGCACUACAACAGGAAGCACCCCAAUGAGGAGUACGCCAACGUGGGCACCGGGGAGUUGGCGGCCGACGCGCUUAUCCAGCAAGGUGGUUUGAAGUGUCCUGUGUGCAGCUUCGUCUACGGCACCAAAUGGGAGUUCAACAGACACCUGAAGAACAAGCAUGGCCUGAAGUUGGUGGAAAACGAAGGAGAUUCCAAGUGGGAGCCAGUGGCGGAGACCCCCGAGGAGCCCUCCACCCAGUACGUGCACAUCACAGAAACUGAAGAGGACGUUCAGGGCACGCAGGCAGCCGUGGCUGCGCUCCAGGACCUGAGAUACACUUCGGAGAGUGGUGACCGUCUUGACCCCACGGCUGUGAACAUCCUCCAGCAGAUCAUCGAGCUGGGCACUGAGGCCCAUGAUGCCACUGCUGUGGCCUCCGUGGUUGCCAUGGCUCCAGGGACAGUGACUGUUGUGAAACAGGUAACGGACGAGGAGCCCAGCUCCAACCACACAGUCAUGAUCCAGGAGACCCUCCAGCAGGCCUCCGUAGAGCUGGCCGAGCAGCACCACCUGGUGGUGUCCUCUGACGACGUGGAGGGCAUCGAGACGGUGACUGUCUACACUCAGGGCGGGGAGGCUUCGGAGUUCAUCGUCUACGUGCAGGAGGCCAUGCAGCCCAUGGAGGAGCAGGCCAUGGGGCCACAGGCCCAGGAGCUCUAGAGGACACGCAACGUCAGGUGGGCGCCACGGGGCAGGCCCGCCAGGCUCUCUGCAGAAUGGCGCUCUCCGUGGCUCUCUCCUCUGCCAUUCCUGCCCAGGCAGCCACAUGGGGCUCCUAGUCCUACCUUGGGUGGGCAAGGCGAUUGGCAUCACCAGCAACACAGGACCCCACCUCCAGCACAAACGCAUAUACCCCCCUUACUCUGUAUCCUCUGCUUCCAGAAAGAUUUUGCAUCCACCUUCCACAUGGCCCAUACCGCAUCGCCCCUUUGCUUCAAGAUUCAUACAGGGACCCAGUCCCCAUCAGCAUCUGCCCCAAAUCACUCCCCCAACUCCUUGACCCCGUCCACGUGCUGAACCUUCCUCUGGGACCGCUCUGCAGCCUGAUGAAAGGGAGCCAGCCAGCACAGAGAAAGUGACCUUAUGGUUUUGAAUCACCUCUUGGGGGGUGGACGGGAGGGGGUCCUGGCUUUAUCUACAAGAUUCUACUCCCCACUCCUCCCCCCCGAAUCAAGGGCACUUGUUACCGGGUGCGGUAACCACAAUUGAUGACCCUCCCACUCCCAUGACAGGUGGGGUCUUAGCUUAUGUCUUAGAAUUCGUUUGCUUUUUAAAAAAAAAAAAAAUGCACUUUUUACUAUUCACCUCCCAUUCUGUGAGAUGUGGUGGGUAGAAUAAAAACAUUCUCUGCCUGA